GCUGUGCAUGAUUCUUACUUCAUCUAUAAAAAACUAGGUUAGAACUCAUAAUAGUUAAUAUUUAGCAAACAUACCAAAUUACAAAUUAUACAUUAAACCUUAAAUACAUCAACGAUCCACCAAUGUCGGGUACCGUCGUCAAAGACAAAGACAGUAACGAAGACUGGCUUCGUUCGCUACUAAAUGCCGAGUCACCACCUUCUCAUACAACUCGAAUCCCCCGAGUUCCUAAGAUCCUGAAAAAACACACGGAUCGUGACAAAUGUUAUGUACCAGAAGUUGUCUCUCUUGGUCCAUACCAUCAUGGAAAACCAAACCUCGAGUCGGUGGAGAGCUUCAAACCUCUCUAUCCAAACAAACUUGUGAAAGGGAACCAUGAGUCAAUUCGCAGCCUGUUUCAUAGUCUUUUGAAAAUGGUUCCCACGUUGAGAGGAUACUAUGAAGAUGAUGUUGAUCAUCUCUCAGAUGAUGCGUUCGUAAGAAUGAUGUUGUUAGAUGGUUGUUUUAUUCUGUAUUUUAUUGAACAGAUCUUCAAAUCAGAUACGGAUGAAACGGAUACUCUAGGCUUAAAAAGCCACCAAAUCAUGUUUAUUCAACAAGACAUGCUUUUGCUUGAGAACCAAAUCCCAUAUCAAGUUCUAACUGAGGUGAUGAAGUUUUUACCCGCUAAAUGGGAUUCGAAUAUCAAACGCUUUAUCGACGACAAUAUUAUAGCACCGGAAAAAUGCAGAAAAUCAGGGAAAAAUGUUUCUAAACCUCAGGUGGAUGAUCCAAUUCCAGAUACUACAAGUCAUCUUCUUGAACUUUUGCAAACUAGGAUUACAAAAGAAAAAUCUAGGGGUACACUACCGAAGGACAGGUAUACUUUUCGCAAUGCUAAGGAGCUUAUAGAGGUAGGUAUUCAUUUCAAGUCGAGUCAAACCAGGUCUUUAGGGUAUAUUAACUUUUCUAGCUGUGGGUUUUUUGCAAACCUGGAACUUCCUCCCAUAACUGUGGAUGAUUCCACAAAACAUAUGCUGUUAAACUUAGUGGCAUAUGAAAUGUGUUCUAAUGAUACAAAUGGGUCAUGGGUCACAUCGUAUAUAUGUCUUCUGGAUUCGCUAAUGGAUCAUGCUGAGGACGUUAAGGUUCUUCGAAAAGCUGGGGUUCUUGAAAACCAACUCGGGAGCGACGAAGAAGUUGCACAACUGUUUAAUGAAAUAGGGAGAGAUCUUGUGCCUUAUAGUUUUGCUUAUUCAGAUGUAGCAACUAAGAUUCAAAAGCAUUAUGACAGUAAGACGAAUACAUGGAUUAGCCAACUUAAGCGUGAGUAUAUCAAGAGUCCUUGGGCAUUUGUUGCACUUUUCGCUGGACUUCUGGGUUUGUUUCUUAGCGGUGUUCAAACUUACUUUAGUGUUUUUGGCAUCCAAAGCCAUUGUGACAGUUUUUGUCUGUAUUUGAAGAAGCAUCAUCAUCUACCAUGAGUGUCUUCUUAAGUACUAGUGUUUCAUCAAGAUCUCUUGAAUUUUAUAUCAUGUUUUGUUCUUGUAUCGUGAUUAAUUAAUGUGGAUCUGUUUUACAAAUGAAUGUUUUAAAUGGUUUAAACAAAUCAUUGUCCUUGUGAUUUA